CUCUCUCUAAAACCACACACCAAAAAAGUGGAAAACUCACUUUCUCUCUCUAAAAUAAAAGCUCAAAUUUUUUUUAAAAAAAUGCUCUCACAAUAUCAGUAAUUUUUUUGAUCUUCGUUGACGGAGACAAUGGCGGUUUCCGGCAACUCAUCGUCAACUAACGGCGGAGUUAGUCUCUCUUCUAAAACAACGAUUCUAGGACAGAAGCUUUACGUCGUCAUCGCCGUUACUGUCGUUAUUGUUACGUUAGCUCUGUUACUGAUAUUUGUUUGUAUCCGUCGGAAUCUGAACUCUAAACGACGUCGCAGGAUGAGAGUGAAGCACAGCUCAGGAUUACUGCCAUUGGUUCAAAAUGCCGAAAAAAUAGAAAAAAAGAGUAAAAUAAGUGUGUUUGAAAAAGAUGAAAAAAAGGAAGAAAUAAAACCAAUAAUUAAAGUGGUUGUUAAUAAUGAAGAGGGUAAAUUAGGGAAAGUUGUUACAAAUUCAGGUAGUAAUGAAUCUGCAUCAGGUUCGGGUUCGGGUCCGAGUGAAGGUGGGUCGUCAUCUGUUUCGGGUAGUGAAGGUAUGGGAUGGGGGAGAUGGCAUGGAUUGAGUGAACUUGAAGUUGCUACUAAUAAUUUUGCUGUUGAGAAUGUGAUUGGUGAAGGUGGGUACGGGAUUGUGUAUAGAGGCGUGUUGCGUGAUGGUUCGGUUGUUGCUGUUAAGAAUCUGUUAAAUAACAAGGGCCAGGCAGAGAAAGAAUUUAAGGUGGAGGUUGAAGCCAUUGGAAAAGUAAGGCAUAAAAACCUUGUGGGUUUAAUUGGAUUUUGCGCCGACGGUGCUAAAAGGUUGCUCGUGUAUGAGUAUGUUGACAAUGGAAAUCUGGAACAAUGGUUGCAUGGGGAUGUUGGACCUGUCAGUCCUUUAACUUGGGAUAUCCGAAUGAAGAUUGCUGUUGGGACUGCAAAAGGGUUGGCAUAUUUACAUGAAGGAUUGGAACCAAAAGUUGUCCAUCGUGAUGUUAAAUCAAGCAACAUUCUCCUAGACCGAAAAUUCAAUGCGAAAGUAUCUGAUUUUGGACUUGCCAAGUUGUUAGGAUCAGAGAAAAGCUAUGUGACCACACGAGUAAUGGGCACAUUCGGAUAUGUGUCACCUGACUAUGCAAGCACAGGGAUGCUAAACGAGUGCAGUGACGUUUACAGUUUUGGAGUUUUACUUAUGGAAAUCGUUACCGGAAGGAGCCCUGUCGAUUAUUCUCGAGCACCAGGAGAGAUGAAUUUGGUUGACUGGUUUAAAGGAAUGGUGGCAAGUCGUCGUGGUGAAGAGUUGCUAGACCCAAAGAUCAGUGUACAGCCUCCUCCAAGAUCUUUGAAGCGUGUAUUGCUGGUGUGCCUUCGUUGUAUAGAUAUGGAUGCCAAUAAGCGUCCCAAGAUGGGGCAAAUUGUACACAUGCUUGAGGCGGAUGAUUUCCCUUACCGCACGGAACAUCGCCCACCCAGAGAUACAACUACACUUGGUUCCGGGUCAGAUCUUUCAAGCAAAGUGCUUUCAAGGAACUAGAUUUCUUGAGAGUGUGUAUGUGCAUCUGUUUGUGCAUCCCGCUUCUGUGAUUUGUUUGUUCUUUGUUGCUAAUAUAAAGAUAUAUAUGCAGAUGCUUCAAAAUGUUCCAGCAUUGUAAAUAUAGCGAGUCAAUUUGCAAUUAGUACUUAAAAUUUUAUUUGUUAUUUUUGCUACAUGUAAACACUCACAUUCCAAUAUUAAAGAUAUAGUAGCUUUUAGAAGAUCAA